AUGGCGUCAGUUGAUCAUCUAGUAAUCGGAGCCGGCGUCGUCGGACUAGCAGUUGGGCGAGCACUUUCAUCCGGCAGUGGUAUAAGAAAUGGAGCAAGUGCCAGAAGCACACUUGUAAUCGACAAAAACAAGCAGUUUGGAAUGGAGACCAGCUCACGCAACAGCGAGGUCAUCCACGGGGGCAUCUACUACCCCAAGGACUCGCUCCGCACCCGGCUAUGUAUUGAGGGUAAACACCUAAUGUAUGAAUACUGCAAGCAGAACGAUGUGCCUCACCGACGUAUAGGCAAAUGGGUAGUGGCGCAGGAUGACAAACAGGCCGAGUAUCUGAGCAGGCUUGCCCAGCACUGUACUGAUUUGGGCAUACCAACAGAGAUGAUUGGUGAAAGUCAGGCACAGCAAAUGGAGCCGAACGUGCGGGCCCACAUGGCAUUGGUAAGCCCAACCACAGGUAUUGUCGACACGCACGCAUUCAUGGCCGCCCUGCAUCGUGACUUGCUUGAUAAUGGCGCUGAUUUUGCUCCCAACACAGAGGUCUUAGCUAUUGAGCACGUAGACAACGAGUAUCGCGUCUUAGUUUCCACAAGCGAUACAGAUACGCCGUACAUGGGCAUUAGGGCUGCUACAGUGGUGAACGCUGCGGGUUUGUGGGCCGAUCGAAUAACCGACAUGUUGGCACCCCAGUCAAAACACGACUGGGACACACAAUACAGGCUGCAUUUUGCCAAAGGGCGCUACUACAUGUACACAGGAGAUGCGCACAUCAGGGUUCAGCGGCUAAUAUACCCAGUGCCCGACAGGCACAUCACGUCUCUGGGCACACAUCUGAUCAUUGACAUGGGCGGGGCAAUUAGGUUUGGACCUGACAUCGAGUGGAUAAAGUCAAAUGACGACUACAGCAUCGAUGGCGGUGACCAAAAUCAGCCUUUGAUAAACGACGUAGCAGCAGAAAUUGCUAAAUACCUGCCAUCGAUUCGCGCAGAGGACCUGAGCCCAGGAUACACAGGCAUACGACCCAAGUUGCAGCCGCCCGGCGCUGCUUUCCGCGACUUUGUUGUUCGUGAAGAAAGCGACGCUGGGUUUCCUGGGUUUGUUAAUCUCGUGGGAAUUGAAAGCCCUGGAUUGACGUCGUCUUUGGCUAUAGCCAGAUUAGUAGACCAGCUGCUGAAUUAG